AUGGAAAAGCAGAGACUAGAGAAUAGACAAAGAUUGGUAGUGGUACCAGCCCCUUUUCAAGGUCACUUAACCCCAAUGCUUCAAAUAGCAUCCAUUCUUCAUUCUAAUGGCUUCUCCAUCAUCGUAGCUCACACCCUUUUCAAUUCUCCAAAUCCUUCCGCUCACCCUCAUUUUUUAUUUAUCCCAUUCUCUGAUGGCUUAUCUCAUGAAGAUUCCAUAAUCUCCUCUUAUAACCUUACAACAAUUGCUUCAGCUCUUUACACCAAUUGCGCUGCUCCUUUUAAGGAGUUAUUGCUCCAGUUAACUGAAGAAGCUCAAAACAUUGCUUGCAUAAUCUAUGAUGGCUCAAUGUAUUUUGUUGGUUAUGUGGCUCAACAACUCAACCCCCCUACUAUUCUCCUUCGAACCACUAGUGCUCCUAAUGUACUGGCAUAUCAUUCCCUCCAUCGCCUACUCAUGGAAGGUUGCCUUCCUCUACAAGGUGAAAGCUUGGUGCCAGAACUGGAGCCAUUGCGACAUAAAGAUUUGCCUACUUUCAUUUCCACAAAUGUAGAUACGUUGCUAAAUCAAAUGAACAGGUUGCAGCUUGGUAUAAAGUCAUCUUUAGGUGUUAUCUUCAAUACAGUGGAUUGCCUUGAAGGGCAACGUGUUGAUGAGCUUAGGCAAAUAUACCAUGUCCCAAUGUUCACCAUGGGCCCUUUUCAUAGCAUGGCUCCAGAAUCAUGCUCUAGCAUUCUAGAACAGGAUCAUAGCUGCAUAGCGUGGUUAAACGAGCAAGCUCUAAGAUCAGUGGUGUACGUGAGUCUGGGAAGCAUAAUAACAUGGGAAGAAAAAGAACUAACAGAGAUGGCUUAUGGGCUAGCCAAUAGUAACCAGAAAUUUUUGUGGGUCGUUCUAGCGAGGGCCAUAAACGUGACGGAGUGGGUUCAAUCAUUGCCUGAGGAUGUUAAAAAAGCGAUUGAAGAAAGAGGCUGGAUGGUGAGAUGGGCACCCCAAAAGGAAGUUCUAGCACACAAAUCAGUGGGAGGGUUUUGGAGUCACUGUGGGUGGAAUUCGAUGCUGGAGAGUGUAUACGAAGGAAAGCCAAUGAUAUGCCAACCUUGUUUUGGAGAUCAGAGGGUGAAUUCAAGGCUAGCCUGCCAUGCAUGGAAGGUGGGUGUAGAAUGGUCAAGCCACGUGUCGGAAAGGGGAGAGGUGGAAAAAGUUGUGAGAACACUAAUGCUAGAGUCACAAGGGAUGGAAAUGUGGCAGAAUGCGCAACGAAUGAAGCAUAAGCUCAGGCAAGCUGUGACCCAAGGUGGUUCUUCCUAUAAUGCUGCAAUUCACUUUCUAGAUCAUUUGUUGUCAAUCCCAUGA